UUCAGUUUCCGCGGCACGCUACGCGCGCUACCCGGUCUUCCCGUCUGUUAUUAUGUGUGUAUAUCGCCGUAUACGGGGUGCGGAAAGUCGAGUGAAUCAGUGAAAUGUUUAAAUAAUUCUUUAUUUGGGUCUAAAUGUAUAAGCUUCGUAAUAAAAAUUAUCAAUUGCUAUGGAAUGAAAAUACAUGAUUAGUUCGUAAUUGUCUUAGAGAAACUGACAUUACUAGUUCAUUUGUUAUGGUGAGUGAUGAAUUGCGCAGUGUUGCGUCUCUAUGAAUCGGUGGUGGUGGAUUAACAUGUGCCAUUCUGGCAAGAUAAAGACUCAGCAGCAGCAGAACUACAUUCAUAGUAACAGCGGUUCCCUGAACGGCGCCCAUUCAUCGGAGUUCGGGUUUCCGGUAAUACCGCCAGGAGGAGUGAAGGAAGCAGCUAACACUUUGGUGACCGCUUUGCAAGCAGUCACCAGUCCUCCACCUCCAGAGCCGCACGUCCUCAAAGUACUCUCCAGGUGGCUGCAACAGGUAAGCACUAAUUCUUACAACCAUUUGGUAAGUACUUAGAAUAGUAACUUAAAAAAUAUGUUUGCAACAACUUCAGCGUUUGUAAGAUUUUUU